AUGGCUCCUUUAAAUGACCUGACCGAUCGCGAUGCCCUCGCUGCUCGGUCUAUCCCCUCGAUGAUUCUCAGCGACGGCAGCCCCGCUUCAAUGACCCCGCCCCCAACUUCACAAAUUGAGGCCGACCCGGCUGUCGGCGCCCAGAAGAGAUUCUCCGUUCGAGGCAAUGCUGUCAUUACUGGAGGUGCCGGAACGCUGGGCCUUCAAUCCUGCGAUGCUCUGCUCGAACAUGGGCUUCAGGGUUUGAUGAUCUUCGAUGUCAACCCUGCGAACAGUGAAAAAGAGAUCGCGAGGAUGCAGUCGAAGUUUCCCAACGCCAAGAUUUGUACUCAAAAGGUUGACGUCACUGCUGAAGAUGCAGUCCGUGAUGCGAUGGAAGAAACAGUUCGCCUACUUGGAUCGGUUGACACGCUCCUUUGCUUUGUCGGAGUGGUCGGCUGCGUGGAGACCCUUCAGAUGCCCGUUUCACAAUGGCGGAAGAUCCUCGAUAUUAAUACUACCGGCUCAUUUAUCUGUGCUCAGGCAGCAGCACGAGAGAUGGUCAAGCAAGGAACCGGAGGUUCAAUCACCUUUAUUGCAUCAAUAUCCGCCCAUCGCGUGAAUUAUCCGCAGCCGCAGGUAGCUUAUAAUGUCAGCAAAGCUGCUCUUCUGAUGCUGAAAAGCUCCCUUGCUGCAGAGUGGGCUCGUUAUGGAAUCCGAACCAAUAGUGUGAGCCCAGGCUACAUGGAUACAAUCCUGAAUGAAGGGGAUGGGCUAGAUGCGCACAGGCGGAUUUGGGCCGAGCGAAACCCGAGUGGACGCAUGGGAAGUCCUUCUGAGCUGACUGGGGCCAUUGUGCUUCUCGCGAGCACUGCAGGCACUUACAUGAACGGUUCGGACAUUCUUGUCGAUGGAGGCGCAACUGUAUUUUAA